CUUUGUCUGCAGACGGCAGCAGAGCCUCUUCGGGAGACGGAUUCACCAGCAACUGCAUCUCCCACAAUCCUCCAGCAGAAGUCCUCAUUGCUGCCUGAUCUGCAGUGAAGCCCCGUGGAACCCUGGGAGUUGAAGUCCUCGAUACGCAGCUGACGAGAGCUGAGAGAGAGAGAGAGGAGAGAGAGAGAGAGAGAGAGAGAGAGAGAGAGAGAGAGAGAGAGAGAGAGAGAGAGGUGACACCACCGUGAAAUGAGCUCAUUGUGGACCUUCGCAGAACCAAAGUCACUGCUGAGUCAUGUCUGCUGUGGACGACACGGACAGCGUGUUUGACCUGAACGAGGCCAUCCCUGAGACAGAACUACUCGACAAUAGCAUCCAGAAGGGUCGCGCUCAGCUGUCUGUCAAGACACGAAGGCACCGCCCCUCACGGUCCCAUUACCGUGACAGCGUCAGCUCCACAGAGGGAGACGACAGUCUGGAGAGGAAGGACAGUCCGUUACACUCCGCCCGCUCACCUCUCCACCUGGCCGUGCAAAGCUCCUCCCCGGCCCCUGACUUGUUGCUCUUGGCGAGGAGUCCCGGCUUCACCUUUGACACGUCCCUGGGACGUCACUCUCCGGAGGAUGGUAACACAUCGUUUCAUGAUCCCCCGCGGGGGCGGUACCACCAGCUGACCAAUACCACUUCUCAGGAGGGGCUGGCCACACCCACCAGUUCACCCUCCAAGUCAUGUCCAUCCUCCGACUGCUCCCCGGUCUACAUGAGGAGGAACCGGAGGCCUGACAGUGAAGUGCUGGUAUCUGAUUCCACUCAAGACACGAAUCUGGCCGAUCCUGUCAGUCCGACCGUCAUUUUUGACAAGAAGGCCAAGAGACGCUUCUUGGACUUGGGGGUGACUCUCAGACGUUCCUACAUACGGGUGAGGAAAGAUAAAGCCAACAGACUGUCGGUUGGCAGCAGGGAACCGUCGGAUAGUCCGUCUCGCUCCUCGGGCUCCUUUGUCUCAUUUUCCUGGUUCACAGAGGGGCGUGGCUCGCCGCCCUGCUCCCCCAAAAUCCCCCCGCUGGGCUCCCCGAGACCACGCAAGUCUUACUCCCAGGAGUCUGCUCUCAGUGAGGAGUUCUCUCCACCGCACACCUCCUCCUCCACUUCUCCUCCUGUGGAGUCUUCUACCUCCCGCUGCUCCCACCCGUACCACACCCUGUCACAGUCCUCUGACGAGCUCUUCGAUGAGCCGCCAUGCGAGGCGUCGUCGUGGACGACACAGCAGGUCUGCCAGUGGCUGCGAGGCCUCAACAUGGAGCGCUACGUCCCAGAAUUCAGUGUGAGGGACAUCGACGGACAACAGCUGCUGCAGAUGGACGGGACCAGACUAAAGAGUUUGGGCGUGCUCAGUUCGUCAGAUCGCAGUGCCCUGAAGCGUCGCAUCAAAGACAUCCAGACAGCAGUGGAGAAGGAGCGCAAAGCUCUGGAUAAACUGGAAAAACAGAAGGAGAAACAACGGCGGAAAGAUCAGGAGCAGCAGAGGAACUAGGAGCUGCCUGCCUGAGAGAAACUGUCCUAGUGGAGAAGACCGGUGGUGGUCACUCCCCAACCCCAAAUCAUUCCAGCCUCCAAACCCUUAAAAAAAUUUAAAAA